AAAUAUUAUCAUUGGCCUUAUAAAUUGAUUAAAAUAGUCCUUUUUUUUAAAACAAUACGCUCCCAUUGAGCAUGGGCGAAUAUUUAUCAAUCAAACUCCCUGACGACUGCUGUCCGAAUAAGCAAUUCUUAAUUCUAGCUUGACCGAAGAACGGGAAAGGCUGUUAGGUGUGAGGUGAGCACCAGAUAGCCGUCCAUAUUCAAUCGGACGGACGGCUAACGCGAGUGGAAGGGUUUUUUUUGGGUUUUUGAAUGGAUGCGGCGAAUCCGCUCCCUGGUGCGGCUUCGCCAAUGAACCAACGGUCAUAUUUUUAAAAAUUUUAGAUAGCCUCUGGCAACGGUAAUAUUUUUGAAUGCAGCCGUCCUUACCUUUAUAUAUCUGAGCCCCUCCUUCCGCCUCUCCUCAAGCCUCUAUCAAUCAAUCAUUCAUCCACCGCCCUGCGGCUCUUUUCAUUACUCCCCCAAUCACCUUGAAGGUAAGCUUCCCUUAUACGAUCCGAGACAUGGAUUUCCACAGCCUAUCAAGGAGAGAUUUGCAGACGCUCUGCAAGAAGAACCGGAUUCCAGCCAACAUGACCAAUGUCGCCAUGGCCGAUGCCCUCCAAGCUCUCCAAGCCGUUGAAGGUAUUGAAGAAAUCAAAGAAGCAUCGCAGUUCCAAUCCCCUGGGAAAGCAGAAGUGAGGUCCCCAAACCCACCUCGUACAUCCCGGAGAACCUCGGCUCGGAGAGCACCCGUUCCAGAGGAACCCAGAGAGCAACAGGGGAGUCCCCUGCCUCGGGCUCGUCGUGUGGCCAUUAAAGCUUCUGAGAUCAUGAAACUAGUUUCUGAAGAUGAGGAAGAAAAGAAACAGGGGCCAGAAGAGGCCCCCAAGAGCCCAGACGUUUGCACCGGUCAGAAGCCGCAGGCAGCACCGAGCACACGAAGAAGAGCCAUCAAGAAAGAAGAAAAGCCGCCUCAAGAAGAGCAGCAAAAGCAAGAAGAUGGGUCGAAAGAGAUUCCCAAGACUCCAGCAGCUGCCCGGAACACUAGGAGAAAGGCAAGCAAGGAAACAGAAGGACCCCAAGAUCCUCUUGAAGUACCCAAUACCCCAGCCAUCCGAUAUAGCCUGAGAGCAUCAGCCCGAAGGGGAGCCCAAACCCCCAUGGCAGGAGAAGAAAAGCAAGAGGAAACUGUGGGUCUAAGAACUACUCGCAGAACAAGGCAAUCUACAAGGAAACAGAUAGAAGAGACUGCCGUGGAUGCUACGGCAAAUGUUGGAAGGAGGGCCACAAGGGCAAAAGGUAUUGUCAAGAUGGUAUCUUUGGCCCAAGAUGAAGAACAAGACGAAAAAGAUAUCCCUACCGAAGAUCCCAUCGAUCAGAAGAAUGAUCCUUCGCAAAUUUCUGACAUGAAAUCUGAUGAAAUUCUAAUGGACGAGGAGAUGAAGCCUGAGGUCCAGAACGGAACCAUUUCUGAUAUUGUCAAGAUGGUAGCUUUGGCCCAAGAUGAAGAACAAGACGAAAAAGAUAUCACUACCGAAGAUCCCAUCGAUCAGAAGAAUGAUCCUUUGCAAAUUUCUGACAUGAAAUCUGAUGAAAUCCUAAUGGACGAGGAGAUGAAGCCUGAGGUCCAGAACGGAGCCAUUUCUGAUUCCAGAGAUGCAGGGCCAAAGAAGGGUGGGAACGAUGGAGUCCAUAACUUGAGCACGGAUAAGGAUGACGAUGAAAUGGCUCAAGAAAUCGAGACUUGUACUCCAAUGGGGAAGAAUCUGGGUAAUGAAGCCGACGGACAACAGAUAUCAGAGGAGUUACCGGAGGAGGAGAGCGGCAAGCAAGAAUAUCAUGUCCUAUCUGGACCAGAAGAAUCACCGAUCAGAGGGCUGGUAUUCUCGGAACCUACCCCAGAGACAAAUCAAGAGCAGAAGGUAAUUCCGACGGUGACAGAUGGGGGGUCCGAAGAAGAACGCGGAGGCGGUGAAGAUCUGGGUUUCGCUCUCCCAGAUCCUUCCCUCUCCGACGAAACCCCGGCGAACAUCGAAGACUCUGGCCACCAACUGCUGGAAACCCGAGCUGCUGGAGACUCACCACUCAUUGAAGAGAAUCUGACGGUCGAACUCCACAUCAAGAUCGAGGCGACCAGCGAUCAGAUCCCGGACGAUCUCAUCCAGAACAAAGAAGAAGAAGCGAGCCUAGAUCUCUCACCAACCGGGAACAGUUUGGAGGAAACCAAGGUUUUUGGCGACGAACUGCCGGUGGAUCAGGCACCUGAGACCGAAACCUCUACUGAUCUACAAGCUAAUAUAGAGAAUGGAGACGCCCCAGCCGAAUUCCCCAAUGAGAUUCUGGCCCCCAAAACCGAUGAUUCCGAUGACGGUGUCGAGAUCCCGGAGGGCGUCGGGGAAUCCAACGCCGGUAAACUGAUCGCAACUUCCUCUCCUCUCCAUCAAUCUCCCUCCUCAGACGCAACCAGAUCUCCAGCUAAGACCUUGGCCGUGGGUGGAGAUCAGACAGGACAUCCUGCGGACUCUGCCGUCGGAUCUCCAGCGAAGACCUCAGCUCAGGUCGGUGAUCUGAUCGGAGACCCAGCGGACUCCGGCAUAGAAUCUCCAGAUAUCGAGACCUCUGCUCAGGUCGGAGAUCUCAUCGGACAAUCUCCGGCCAGGACAGUGGCCGAGCUUGGAGAUCCGGCCGGAGGAGACCUCACAGACUCCGACCUCGGCGCCGGAGAUCACGGGAGCUACAAGACCGACAGCAAUGAGACCAUUCCGGAGAUCGAGGGGCGCGAGAAGAAGAGGGCGGCGGAGGAGCGGGUGCCGGUUGAUAUUUAUACGACGGAGAGUGGAGGCGGUGACGAUAACAAGAAUGUACCCAGUGGCGGGUUGACCAUGGUGGAAGUCGGCUGUCGAGAAGCGGAGGUGAAAUCCAAAGCAGAGAAGCCGAGCCCGUCCUACUAUACUAGUUUGAGUCUGAGAAAGCUCAAGGCAUUAGUAAGGGAGAAGGCCACCAAUCUCGGCAAUAAGGUGGAAGGCAGAAGGGCAGCUCUUACCGAGCUGAAUGACAACCGUAUCUGAUGGAUGAUGAUGAUGAUGAUGAUAGAUGAUGAUGAUGAUGAUGAUGGAUGAUGUGCUGAUGGUUUUGCAAUUGAGAGAAACAGAAGGAUACAUGAGCUCAAGAUGAAUAAAUAAUUGUCAUUUUUGCUUCCAUUUUGCUUUCUGCUAUUGCAUUUUUGGAUGUUAUAUGAGUUGGGUUUUGGCUGUGAAACCAAGGUUUCUACACCCUCGUAUUUCCUUUUAUUUUUUAAUUUCUCCUUUUAUUGCCUGACUGUUUCUAGUGACAAAGAUUAAUAUUGAUGGUGAAUGGGUUUUUGUAUGGAGCUCUUGCUGCUCUUCUAA